CCAUCAUUACGGCACAGGGUACGAAUCACGCUGCACACACCGCUAAGCAGUGAUCAUGCCAGCAAAUGCGAGUGGCCACUCAGUCCCUGUUUACGGAAACUAUCAUGGAUAUUACUCUAAGCGUCCCUUCAUCCGAGAUCCUCGACUGGCUUUGCUCCCCACUGAAUUCUUCGUGGGCAAGCGAGUCUUGGAUAUUGGAUGCAACGAAGGCUGGGUGACUUGUGAAAUAGGACAGUUCCGGGGGGCACGUCAGGUCGUCGGGGUUGAUAUCGACAAUACUCUUAUAAGAGCUGCCUGGAGGAGAAGGCGCACUGUCUGGGGUCUUCAGUCUCCUGAAGAUGGAAAUAUUUCUGACGAGAGUUGCCCUUUGCCUGACCGACAACCACUCCUCGGUGAUGCGACCACUCCGGACAAUAGUGCUCACAAUUAUUUUCCUGCAUCAUGCGAACAUAGUUACGGCCCAUUGCCCAUACCAGACAGAGGAUGCGGUGCUUUCCCGCACAAUGUCACCUUCCGAACAGUUGAUUGGGUGAAGGACAAGAUACCAGAAGAUUACAAUCAAUACGACAUCAUUUUAGGGUUCUCUAUCUCAAAAUGGAUUCAUCUAAAUAACAAAGACGAAGGACUACAAGAAUUUUUCUGUAGAGUUCACCAAUGUCUAAAAAUAGGGGGUGUUUUCGUCCUUGAGCCACAACCUUGGGACACUUACUCAAAGGCUCGAAGGAUGAGCGAGACUCUCAAAGAGAACGCAAAAAAUCUUCAACUGCGUCCUGAUGGUUUUGGGGAACUACUGGAGAACCUCGGGUUUAGUCACGGUCAGCGUCUUGGGGUCACUGGCAAAGGCGGUUUCUGCCGUCCUGUUGAUUUCUACGUGAAGCAGCGAUGAUAUAGGAAUGAUGCUAGACCGAAUAUAUUCCUGCACUGCUGCCAAAAUGAUUGUGUGGUAUCAAUCUUCACACCCCCCAACACACGUGAACUCAGUUAUUCGCGUUAACGUCGGGUCCCGACAUGCUGUAUUUUGUGUAUUUGUCUGAUGGAGGCCCGAUUUUUUUUAUCCUUGUGCGCCAUCGAUAUUAUUUUUUACACUGCCUUCCUAUGAAUGAAUUGGUAACAUCACCAA